AUGGCCACCUCAGCAGUAACCCCUCUCUUGCACAAUUAAUGGAGUCCUCAUGUCACUGACGAUAGAACCCGCAGAGAAGCGCGGCCCUAAAAAUCAACUGGGUUCAAAUUGCGACCUCCCUCGGCUUAAAGGGACAAACAGUCGCCUCCCUCCAAGCCUUCAAGAAGCGCAAUGAGGAUGUCCGCCGCAAGGUUGCCAUCCUCUCCGAGACCCCGCAGGAAGUCGACUUCAAUCAUUACCGCGCCAUUCUCAAGAACCAGGCCGUCGUUGACGAGAUCGAAAAGGCGUACACCUCAUUCAAGCCCGCCACCUACGACCUGAAUAAGCAACUCAAGACAAUUGAGGCGUUCGAGGCUGAGGCUGUCAAGAAUGCUGAGGCGACGAAGGGCAGGGUGGACGUGGAGUUACAGGAGCUGGAGAAGACACUCAAGAAUAUUGAGGAGGCUAGGCCGUUUGAGGACUUGACGGUGGUAUGUCUGCGGACUUCCCUCUCACACCAUAUAUAGCUACUUGGGACGGGGGAUUCUAUGUGAGCAUUUCAAGAUGUAUUGGUUGCUGAUCCAUCAUGUUAUUACUUGCAGGACGACAUCGCCAGAGCUCGUCCUGAUAUCGAUACCCGGACUGCAGAUAUGGUUUCUAAGGGCCGCUGGAUGCCAGCUGGAUACAAGGUUCGUCCUUCCCCCUUCUGUCUUAUUUGUGUACUCCCUAACCAACCAACUAGGAAAAAUUCGGCGAACUCUCCGUCCUGUAAAUGUGGACAGCAUAUCUGGACACAAAUGGAGACGACACUCCGAAAUGUGCUUUGCGGGUUGUAGAAGGCUAUGCUAUCGCACCGUGUUCAUAGAAAUACGAAUUUCUCUGUAGAUUGCUUUCGCGUGCAAAUAGUUUGUCAUCAUA